GACAGUAGUCAGGUUAGUGUAAGUGUAGUGGGCUCAUUGUGCUACUUGAAAUAAAAGUUCAAACCCUGCUGCUGUUGCUUCUGCAGACAUGAAUUUCAAAGUUCGCCCCGCUGCAGCUGAAGACUGCAAAGACAUAUCAAGAAUGAUAAUGGAGCUGGCAGUUUAUGAAAACAUGCCUGACCAAGUGAAGAUAUCCCAUAAAGAAUUGGAGCGGGACGGUUUCUGCCAGAAUCCCUUCUUUGGAUGCCUCGUGGCAGAAGUACCUGAGGAGCAUAAAUCUAAAGAAGGAUUCACGGUUAUUGGAUACGCCCUUUACUUUUACACUUACAGUACAUGGAUGGGGCGAUCAGUAUAUUUGGAGGACUUGUAUGUGAUGCCAGAAUUCAGAGGAAAUGGCAUUGGCAAAGGUUUACUGUGCAAAGUUGCUAAGGUGGGAAAAGACAAGCAGUGUGUGCGGCUGCAGUUGUCCGUGUUGAACUGGAAUACACCUACUCGAGACUUCUAUGCUGCUAAAGGAGCUCAAGACCUCACUGAGAGCGAAGGCUGGCAUUUUAUACGUUUUGACGGACAAAACCUGGACAAUUUAGCAAAUGACGCUCCUAAAAAUUAGAAGUUUUAUAUGAAAAAUAUGUUCCUUGCUUUGAAAAAGUGGCUGGAUUGUUGUCUGCUAUAAACAUUCACCCUUAAUAAGACAGUCAAAUUAAGCUUCACUCUCCUUGGUUAGUUUUUACCUGGCCUUUCUCCUGAUUUAACAAAAUUAUAUCUUGAUAGAAAAUCCCUUAUUUUUACUUAUGUAGAGCAGAUGAUUUAAAUACUCUAAUUUCAGUAUCUUGAGAGAGAGUACCUUUCAGUACUUGUGAGACCACUGCCCUUAAGGAAUACUGUUGCCUUGAAGGUAUACAUUGUCUGCAAUAAGAUAUAUGGUACAUGUCAAAGUGACAUCCACAUGAAUGCCAGGAUCCAAGGUUUCUCAGCAGAAUAUUGCCCAGAGAAUCACACUGCCUCUGCCGACCUGCGUUCCUCCCAUAUUGCAUUCUGGUGCCAUCUCUUUCCCAGGUAAAAAUUAUGGACCAUAAUAAUUCAGCUCACUGUCAUGACUACAAUAGCUGUAAUUUCCUACUUUAUUUAAAGCAGUCAAUGGAGAGGGAGAUGUGCCAACAAGUCAAAACCUGAUUACUUUUAUGAACUGGUCUCAUUUUAAGAUGAAUACAUGAACUGAGCAGGAAAUUAACGCUUGUCCAUCACAGUGCUCAACCAUCUUGAACAUGACUUGAUUUGGUUUAUAACAACUGAUAUUUUCUGAAUACAAACAUACACAAACAUUACUGUAAAACAAUGUAUGUUAUUACAGGUCUACAUGUGUAGUAGUGGAUCUAAUUAAAAAUUGUAGCAAACUU